AUCGACGUCGGCGGCGACACAAAACAUAAACAGCGCACAACCUGAAUCACCACAAGCAACCACGCACAAGUCCACCUGCCUGCGACACCUUUGAAAGCUAGUGGGUCACGUGUAAAGAUGUGCGUCGCGGAACGCCGCCGGCCAGAGAAAGAGGAACGCAGCAGCAAGACGCCGCAGCUCGCCGCCGCCAAAUGUACCAUCCGCCCCACCGCAAUGACGGCGUAACCACGUACCUGCAGACGUCGCUACCAGCGCCCCGAAGCUUUUUCGACCUGGUGAAGGGCGCGAGCAAGCUGAAGGGCGGCGGCGCGCAGGAGUACGACCUGCUGAUCGUCGACUACGAGACCGCGAUGGAGCAGCAAGCCGGCAGUUCGGACGCCGACGAAGACUCCGGCUGGAAUUGCAGUGUGCAUCCCAGCGUGUUCUUUCUACUGGGCACGCUGAUGUUAACCACCUGCGCUACCGGUAUGCUCUGUGCUGCGAUCAUGACCGACCACUGGGAGGAAGUGAGUUGGGACCGCGUCGCCCUUCAGACCCUGUCUAAUAGAUCGGUAAGAAUCGAAUGGUUGUUGGAUGGGAAGGUUGCAAGUGUCGCUACGAACAACGAACGCGCUUUUUUGGUGCCUAUUCAUGGCGGUAUUUGGACGUUAUGCUUCAGUCUUAAUGAAGAAGAGAUACAACUGCUUGGCGCACAUGGAUUUCCACCGCAAUCUUGUGUGAAUUAUCUGUCUGGUGAAAUGGACGGCAUGAAAGUCUGCGAGCUGAAAGCAGACUGGCAGCGCAGAAUGCAAAACCUGUCCAUUUCAUGUGCAUUGGUAUGCCUGAUUAUCCUUGGCACAGCAGCAUUGGUAGGCGCAUUUGGUGUGUGUCAACAUCAAAUAAGUGCGGUGCUAGUCACAGGGGUAAUGUACCUACUCGCUGCGUCGUUUGCGCUCUUUACUCUAUCGAUAAUCCAUUUCAAAAGAGUGUCUACACGUCCGCCGGCCCCGCGUGAUGAAGAAACAGAUGGCGGCGAUUGGUACCGGAUAGACGCCGAUUGUACCGUGGACGGCGUUGUUUGGCCGGUAGGCAGCCGCGGGUACCACUUUUCAGCGCACCUUCUCGCCGCUCGCGUCUUCGACACCUCUUGGUCGCUCGACCUAGGUUGGGGCGGCGUGAUGCUCUGCGUCAUUACGUCUGUGCUCUGGAUCCUGCUAUCGAAGAUCAUGCGCUUCAAUCCUAUCUCCAGCAUGAUCAACUACUGAGACAAUGCAUGCAUUAAGAAUGAUCAUCAACGUCUGCAACAUGCAUUACUGGUUGUAUAACUUCUCAGGCCGUCCGAAAACAGCCCAAGUAUAAAAUGAUUAUUGAAUAACGCUUGAGAUAGAUGUCAAUGUAACUACUCUAUUUAAACUAUAGCAGUAUUAAUGCUGCUCAAUGCAACAAGAGUUCAUGUUCAUCAGUUGGAAGGUACGCAGCGAACACCAACAAAAAAAAACAUAGCCUAGAUAUGCGGGCUUUACGCGCCGAUUUGCACAAACAUAACCUAACACUUUUCACGCGCCCGACGUGAGAAAGCAUAAAAUCAAAACCAGACCAUGGAGAACUAAAGAGAAAUAAUUUCUUAUCGAGUAUAUUUAACGCUAACGCAUUGGAUGAUUAUUGUUAGCGCAAUGUUGCCUUCGAUAACGAGCCUCAAAAUCUCUAUAUAUUAUCGAUGAAUAUAUUUCUGACGUAUUUUAAGAAGAUUUGCCGCAUAUUUAUUACUUAGAUGUGUACAAUCAGAACAAGUGUGCGAAUGCUUUCAGAGCGCAGUUUUGCUUUAGCUUAUUUAAUGCGACAGGCACAAAGUAACGACGAAACACUGACACAACACAAACAAUGGCCUUUUAGAUUGUAAAUAGCUCGAAUAUCAGUAAAAAUAAUAAAUCAGAUAGAAAUCAAA